AGCUCAGCAGGAGAAGCGGGGCGGGAAAGCCCUGGCAGGGCAGGAGAGGCUCCGAAGUUCUGUCCUCUAGCUUGGAGGACAGAUGUGCCCAGGUGUUGUCGGGGCGUGCAGGCCUGAGCUCGGGUGAAGUUCCCGGAGAGGGCAAAACGGAGAUGGCAGCAGAGGAGCCAUGCGCCCCUAGUGCGCCGGGAGCCCCGGGAGCCCCGGGAGCCCAGCGCGCUCCGGGCCCCGAGCUGCGCCUGACUAACCAGCUGCUGCCGGAGCUCUACACCUUCGUGGUACGCGUGCUGUUCUACCUGGCGCCCGUCUACCUGGCCGGCUACCUGGGGCUCAGCAUACUGUGGUUGCUACUCGGCGUCCUGCUUUGGAUGUGGUGGCGCCGGAACCGCCUCGGGAAGCUCGGGCGCCUGGAGGCCGCCUUCGAGUUCCUCAACAACGAGCGCCAGUUCAUCAGCCGGGAGCUGAGGGGCCAGCACCUGCCUGCCUGGAUCCACUUUCCGGAUGUCGAGCGGGUCGAGUGGGCCAACAAGAUUAUUGCCCAGAUUUGGCCCUACCUGACCAUGAUCAUGGAAAACAAGGUUCGGGAGAAACUGGAGCCAAAGAUCCGGGAGAAGAGCACCUACCUAAGGACCUUCACCUUCACCAAGCUCUACUUUGGACAGAAGUGUCCCAGGGUGACUGGAGUCAAGGCACACACUAACAAAAGCAACCCACGACAGGUGACCCUGGACCUACAGAUAUGCUACAUUGGGGACUGUGAGGUCAGUGUGGAGCUGCAGAAGAUACACGCUGGUGUGAACGGCAUCCAGUUGCAGGGCACCCUGCGGAUCAUCCUGGAGCCCUUGUUGGUGGACAAGCCCUUUGUGGGGGCUGUGACUCUGUUCUUCCUUCAAAAGCCGCACCUGCAGAUCAACUGGACAGGCCUGACCAACCUGCUGGAUGCACCUGGAAUCAACGAGGUGUCAGAUAGCCUGCUGGAGGACCUCAUCGCUGCCCACCUGGUGCUGCCCAACCGCGUGACUGUGCCUGUGAAGAAGGGUCUGGAUUUGACCAACCUGCGCUUCCCUCUGCCCUGCGGAGUGAUCAGAAUUCACUUGUUGGAGGCUGAGAAGCUGGCCCAGAAGGACAGCUUCCUGGGACUGGGAUGCAAGUCAGACCCCUACGCCAAGGUGAGCAUCGGCUUGCAGCAUUUCCGGAGCAGGACCAUCUACAAGAAUCUAAACCCCACCUGGAAUGAAGUGUUUGAGUUCAUGGUGUAUGAAGUACCUGGUCAGGACUUGGAGGUGGACCUGUAUGAUGAGGAUACUGACAGGGAUGACUUCCUGGGCAGCCUGCAGAUCUGUCUCGGGGAUGUCAUGACGAAUAGAGUGGUGGAUGAGUGGUUUGUCCUGAAUGACACAAUCAGCGGACGGCUGCAUCUGCGGCUGGAGUGGCUUUCACUGCUCACUGAUCAGGAGGCGCUGACAGAGGGACACUCACUAAGAGCCUGUGUCACUUUUCAGGACCAUGGUGGCCUUUCUACUGCCAUCCUUGUGGUCUUCCUGGAAAAUGCCUGCAACCUGCCGAGAAAUCCUUUUGACUACUUGAAUGGUGAAUAUCGAGCCAAAAAACUCUCCAGGUUUGCCAAGAAUAAGGUCAGCAGAGACCCUUCUUCCUAUGUCAAGCUAUCUGUAGGCAGGAAGACAUAUACGAGUAAGACGUGUCCCCACAGCAAGGACCCUGUGUGGAGCCAGGUGUUCUCCUUUUUUGUGAACAACGUUGCAGCUGAGCAGCUCCAUCUGAAGGUGCUGGAUGAUGACCAGGAGUGUGCUCUGGGAGUGCUGGAGUUCCCCCUGUGCCAAAUCCUCCCCUGUGCCGACCUUACCCUGGAGCAGCGCUUUCAGCUGGACCAUUCAGGCCUGGACAGCCUCAUUUCCAUGAGGCUGGUACUGCGGUUUCUGCAAGUGGAGGAACGAGAGCUGGGGAGCCCAUACACAGGACCUGAAGCUCUAAAGAAAGGUCCUCUGUUCAUAAAGAAGGUGGUUACCAACCAUGGUCCCAACGCCCCACCCCAGGGAGAAGGCCCUGCAGACUUGCUGUGUCCUCCAGACCCUGCUGCUUAUGCCAUGGAUGCCUCCAAGAGUACCCUAACCACUACCAGUGCUUCCAGCAACCCUGUACCCCGAGAGACAAGCCUAGAGCCCAAAGGCAAAGACAGUGCCAAUGGGUUCUGUGAGCCCAUGGGAAAGAAGAGGAGCUCAACCACCAUCUUCCUGACUGUCCCAGGCCCCCAUUCUCCAGGACCCAUCAAGUCACCCAGACCCAUGAAACGCCCUGCUUCCCAAUUUGCAUGGCCGCCCAAGGGCCUGGGUCCCAGCAUGACCUCACUUAACUCCCUGGCCUCUUCAUGCUUUGACCUGACAGAUAUCACCUUCAACACUGAAGUUGGCAAUUGCAGGCAGCGGGGCCUUGGCGAGAUCCAGCUCACGGUGCGCUAUGUGUGUCUGUGGCGAUGCCUCAGAGUGCUGGUCAAUGGCUGCAGAAACUUGACACCGUGUACCAGCAGUGGAGCUGACCCCUAUGUUCGUGUCUACUUGUUGCCAGAAAGGAGGUGGGCAAGUCGUAAGAAGACCUCAGUGAAGCGCAAGACCCUGGAACCCCUGUUUGAUGAGACAUUUGAAUUUUUUGUUCCCAUGGAAGAAGUGAAGAAGAGGUCACUAGAUGUUGCAGUCAAAAAUAGUAGGCCACUUGGCUCACACAGAAGGAAGGAGUUAGGAAAAGUACUGAUUGAUUUAUCAAAAGAAGAUUUGAUUAAAGGCUUUUCACAAUGGUAUGAGCUGACUCCAGAUGGACAGCCCAGAAGCUGAUGAGUACUAUUAUCACCAAUAUGUUAUAAUGUGUACAUAUGUAUAUUGUUAUUUAAAUAAGUCACCUGAAUAUAUAUAAAUAUAUUGUAUAAAUAACUAUGACUAGUAUUAGAGGCAGAGUUAUAUAAAGAACUACUUCAUCUUGGUUAAUUUGUUCAAGUGGGGUAUUUAUAUCUAAUAAGUCAUCAGAACUUCAGUAGUGGUUUUUUACUUUUGGUAGAUAAUUAUACACAUUUGAUUUAGGACUUGCUUGAACGUAUACACCAGAAAGUGUCCCACACUUGAUAUAAGGGUCAAGAGAGUCCUGUUCCUGGAGUAGCUAACAGUUAUUCCUUGGCAACUACUAAUGAAGGGAGGGCACUUAUGUGGAAAUACUGACCCAGCCCCAAACUGCCAACAGCUAGUACGGCCAGAGCUGUUGGGGCUGCCACCUGUGACGUUUCUAUGGUUAGAGAUUCACUUCUGCAUCUGAUUUGGAGCUAAGAUCCCCUUUCCUAAUGGCAACCAUGUUAUACUUAAAUACUCUGGAAAUAACUCCACAUGCUGGGGCCCCUACCAUAGGACAGUGCAAGCCAAGUUCCAAACCCAGGUGUGAUCUGAACUUACAGCAGAGCUUUGGAAACUGCAGAAGAGUAUCAUUAAAAGCUUGAGGAUUCUAUUCCACUUUGCCAGGAGAUAGCUGCUUCACCUAAGGUUACUUAAGGUUAAAAGACAAAUAAGUAGCUGGGGAUUUAGCUCAGUGGUUCUGCCCGCCUGCCUUGCAAGCGCUAGGACCUGAAUUCGAUCCCCAGUACCAGAAAAAGAAAAAAAAAAAGCCAAAUAAGUAAAGUGAAUAUGAAAAGUGCCUCUUAUGCAUUUCAAACUUGAAAGACCAAAUGGUCUUGUUGCCCCCUCUCUGUUCUUAUUAACUACUUCUAAAGGUCACAUCAUCUCCUCUUACCUUAUGACAACACUCCAGUCGUAAGUUGUUUGUCCCCACCAUUGCCAACAUUUUAAACAUUUUUAUCAUGUUACUCUCGCUUAUAAAUUUUCUGUAAAAAUCAAAGCACACUCCUUAAUCUGCUUAAGACAAUCUGGUCUCAGGUUUCUUCUGCUUUGUUCAUCACCUUCACUAAGCCAGACCACAACGAAAUGGCCUAUUCCCACCUUCUCUGGAGCAUUUUCCAUUUUAACAAUUCUGUCUUUAUAUAACAGCAAAUUGUAAAAAAUGUUUACUACGUAUCAACUAAGGUUACAUGCUGUGUUAUGUAUGUCUGGUACUGAACAUUUCAGUUUAUACGUCAAGUUGAACUCUAUACUACCUGAAUUGUUUUCAGCCUUGCCACCCAAGCCUGUGCUAAGUAUAUGCAAGAUGCAUAAUAAAAUGUUUCUGCUCAGACUUCUAUUCUCAACAAUAAAUUCUCGUAAUAAACUAUGGCAGAUUAUGCUUAUCCCAUAUACUUCAUGCCAACAUUGUAAUUGCUCUCUAAAUAGAAAAGUGCCUUGAAGGGGCCACGCCCAUCUUACAAGCACAAGGUCCUGAGUUCAAUUCCCUGGUACCAAAGAAAACAACCAAAACAAGUGCCUUGAAAAUGGUAGAGUAUCAAAGAAGUAUCAGGGAAUUUAUCAUAUAUUCCAUCCUAAACACUAGCAAUCCUAAAAUAACGAUUGAUCAAGGUGGCAGACAAACAAAACUCUCUAGGGGAGCUCUCCCCAAACAAAGUAACAGGUAGUUCCUAAUUCUUCUGCAAGCUAUUCUGGUUUUCUUCUUUUGGUCAGAAAUCAGAUGAGGAGUUAAAGUGUUGAAGAGAAAGACAAUUUUAGUACACACCAGACAGGAGGCAAAGUUUUGUCUCAACAGAAAACACCUUGCCUGACAAUGAGGUCAAGAACAGGUUGGCAGCAAGAGGUGGAAACAAUCAGCUAAACUGCCCUAGAGGAGCACAGAGUCUGAAGUCACUUACCAUCAACCUGAAACACAAACCCCUGAAAACUAGAAAACAUUUAGAACCUGGAAUCCUCUGAAAACCUGAGUUAACUAUAACACUGGCCCUUGGGGUUGCUACUUGCAUCCUGGGCACACAGACCACUGUAGCAGACAGCUGCCAGGAAUGGGAACUUGUAAAAAAUAAACUAUUAAGGCAGAAAUGGCACAAGAGAUACAAAAAUACCUGUAAAAUACAUUGGCAAGCAUGUCUUGAUCAUUCAAAAAAUAUAGACAAGCAUAUUAACUACUGUAACAAAUACCUGAAAUAAUCACCUCAUAACUAAAAGUUCAUUUGUCUCACAGUUUUGGAGGUUUCAGUCAGUGAUGACCUAUGUAUGGCAAGGGAUAUUAGGAAAAUAUGUCAACUAUGAAUUUCUACGUAUUUAGAAAAUUAGGCUCAAAAUUAAAAAUUCUGAAAUUUUAUAUUUUAUCUCCUAGAAACUAACAAAUCAAGCAUGAAAAACUGGUAUAAAUACAGAUUUAAAUAACACUAACACAAUGUAUAUUGAGAAUCGACUUAAGACUAUAUGGAACAUGUAUAAAAAUUCAUCUAAAGCCACAAAGUCUCAACAAAUUUUAAAGACUCAAUACCAAAAAGACUAUACAAUGUUCUCUAACCACAAGGCAAUACAAUUAGAAAAACAAAAACUGCGCUGGGCAAUGUCUUAAGUUACUUUCCUCUUUGCUUAGAAUACUGGAAACACAAAGCUAGAGGAGGAAAGGCUUAUUUAGUCUGUAGAAGUUUCAGUCCAUCAUCAGCUGGCUCCCAGGUGAGGUGGCAUGGCAGAAGAAAAACAGUCCACGGCCAGGUAGGCAGAAGGCACCAAGUCUAUUUUUCUCUUUAUAUUCUACCCAGGGCACAAGCCUACCCAGGGUAUAACCCACACCCAGAUCUAUGCUAAACCAAUCAGUGGACUGAUUUAGUUAUCACACAUUCUUAGUCCACAUUCACACACCCUAGAUCCAGCCACCUCCAAAAAGUUCCACCUAUGAGGACAUGAAGCUUUCUGGAGAUAUCGAGAUACAAGCCAUAACAAGCACAUGCUCUACCAUUAAACUAUAUAUGCCUAACAAGUGCAAAGUUCUAGGUUCAAUCUCUGGCACCAAAAUAAAUUUUAAAAUGUUAAGUUGCAAAAACAAUCCAAGAAACUACAUCUUUUUAGACUUCAAAUUGUAAUUCUAGAGGGGGACAUGGUUGUGCAUGCCUGUAACCCCAGCACUCAGGAGGCUCAGGCAGGGGGACAGAGUUCCAGGCCAGGCUGUCCUUCAUAGUGAUACCCUGUCUCAAACUACUGCCCCACCCUACUCCCAACAUACUUCUAAACUUCUAUUUCUAGCCAGGAUGGAGUAACAGACACCGAAUUUACCCCUCUGCUUGUAACAAAUAAUGUACAAAUAAAAUAAAAAGUAAAUUAAAAAACCCAAACCAGACAAAAUACAUAAAAUAGUCUUAGACAUCUAUGUUUAUAUGAGUAUUUGUAGAUUGCAAUUAUAUAGUAGACAAAAUUGGAAGCCCGAAUUUCCAUCAACAGGUGAAGGAAUAAGUUAUGAUAUAUCCAUACAACAGGACACUACACAGUAAUAAAAAAUGAACUAAUGCAACUUGUAAAACUCUCGAAAUAAUUAUUCUGAAAAAAUGCCCAGCCAAAACAAAACAAAUAUAUUAAAUCCUAUGAAGUACAAAAUAAACUACUGUGAUGGAAAGCAGAUUAAAAUGUUGCCUAAGGAUGGGUGAAAAUAGGAAGGAUUAGCAAAGGCAUUAAGAAAACUUUUGGAAUAACGGGCAUUUAAAGUGUUGGUGGUGAUUAU